AUGGCCAAACACAACCCCCAUCCCAAAGAACCCUCCCCAAACAAAAACCCCAUCAUCUCCCUCGACCCCUCCACCCCCCUCCACCCAGUUCCCCUCAUAGCCGACAUUCUCCGCACGCGCUACUGCGUCCCCGGCUCAAUCUUCCUAGUCGAAUCCAUCGAGUCCAACAUCUCCAUCCCCGAAGUCGAUUCCGAUGAUGCAAGCUCAGACGAUGACGAUGGUAUCCCUCCCACCGGCGGGGGGAUGGGUAUGCUAGUGGGGGAACGGGAACGUCGCCGGCAACGAAGACGCCACCGGAAGUAUCGGGCUCGUCCGGAAAGGACGGUGAGGUUGAUUUUGGGGGACAGGGAGUUGUGUAUGCAGGCUUUUGUGAAAGGGGAGAUUCAUGGGUUUGUGGAUGGGGGGAAUGUUUAUGAGGGGUGUUAUGUGAGGGUGGAUAAGUUUUGGGUGGGGGCUGUGGAGGUUGAUGAUGAGGGGGGGGUGAAUGAGGAGUACCUUGGCAUUUUGGUUAGGGAGAAGGAGGAGGAGGAAAAGAACAAGACGGUGGGGGAUCCGGGGAUAGCGCAGAAAACGGAUGCAGCAGGGGAGGCCGAUACAGCGGAUAUCACGAUAGUGGGAGGCGAUAUGUUGGAUCCCCCUGACGAGGCUGAAGAGUACGAGAACGACGAGAUCAUCGACCAACUCAUGGCUGUGGAUGAGUCUGAUUUACUGGAACUCGCCAAAGAUAUACAAGCAGAAUCAGAAGAGCCCAAGUCGGAAAAGACAGCACCGGAAGAGGACUUUGGGAGUAUGGAAUACAUCUCCGACUCCGAUUCCGCCUUCGAAAAACUCGCCAUCUCAGCUGAACGAGCAACACAGCGCCGUGCAGAUCUUGCCGCUCGCGACCCGCGGGAAGAUCUCCAAGCGGCUAUUAUCGAGCAGAACAAACAAGACCACAAAUCUCACGCCCAAGUUCACCCUCCUCACCAGGAGACACCGCAACCACCACAAAAACAACAACCUCAACAUCCCGCACAACCACCACGGCGUCCCCACCCACCAGUAACCAAACCUCGCCCUUGGCUACCCACGACAGCCGCUAAUCCCGUCAAACUCACCCUCCUCUCCCAAAUCGCCCACCUCCCAUACCGCCAAAACUGGAUGGUCAACGUCCUCGCCGUCCUUUUCCAUCUCGGUCCGGUCGAGCCCUCCCACAUCGGCCCCUCUUUCCGUCAGCGCACAGCACGUAUCGCUGAUUUCAGCACCCCACCCCCCGCGAAUGACAACACGAGUACCACAGCUGCUUCCACAGCCCUACCCAAGGGUAUGCUUUUAACCGUGUAUCUUGACCCCGAUGAGUUUACGCCGCGCGAGGGUACCGUGGUGUUGUUGCUGGGGGUGAAGAACCACUAUUUUGAGGGCGCGUCGUUGAGGAAAUAUGUUAGUGAUGGGCUGGAGGGCGGUGAGAAGUGGUGGGUGGGUGAGCCGGGACGGUUGAAGUGGUGCCGGGAAGGGGUGCAGAGGUUGGAGAGGUGGUGGAGGAUGGUUGAGGCUGGGUCUGCUGUUAGGGCGUGA